UGCUGUUGAUUUUCGAUGCUAAAUCCGCGUCUGAAAGAUGCCUCGUGUCAGCGGGGUCAUCGUCAGAGGCACUGUUUGCGCCGCGACCGGCAUCGCGAGCUCAGUACGAGAAUCGGUAUCGAGAGAGAUGCUUCGUUACGGUGUACGCGGACAAAUCGUCUGCUUGGAGAAGCUUGAGGCGUUGGGAAACAUUCGCGAGGCGUCCAGUCUGACAAUUUCGAAGACUAGCGCGAGAGAUGCCGUCCCUAAGUGCCGUUCGAGGUGUUUGAUCGAUUUGGAAAGACGGUCGGGAGCCCGCCGUUUCUCGAUCACGCAGGCGCCGAAUCCAAGGAAAACAAGCUUGUACGAUCUUCACGUGGAAAAUCGAGGUAAAAUCGUCAACUUCUCCGGAUGGCUACUCCCGGUGCAGUACCGAGAGGCGAUAGCCGCGUCCCAUCAACACACCAGAACCUUCGCGUCGCUUUUCGAUGUCAGUCACAUGAUGCAAACGCGAGUUUCCGGUCGCGAUGCAGGUGACUUCCUGGAAAGUCUCAGUACGAGCGAUCUGAAGAACCUGCAGAAGGGUUCCGCGGUGCUUACGGUGUUCACCAACGAGAACGGAGGCAUUGUGGAUGAUCUCAUCAUCACCAAAGACGAUGAGAACUCGUUCUUCGUGGUGUCGAACGCUGGUAGGCGAGAAGAGGACUCUGAUCUACUGCUUCAACGACAGGAGGAGUUCAAGGCAGAAAAGAAAUCGGUGUACCUAGAAUUCCUGGAUCCCGAGGAGCAGACACUGGUUGCGUUACAAGGACCUACCGCUGCAUCAGCCCUGCAAUCGAUGCUGCAAAUCAAUUUACAAAACCUGAGAUUCAUGAACAGCGUAGAGACAGAAUUACUGGGGAAUCAAGUCAGAGUGACUCGUUGCGGAUACACGGGGGAAGACGGUUUCGAGAUCUCGAUGCCAUCCGAAAUUGCCUGUAAACUGGUUCAGAAGAUUUUGGAGACGCCUAACACGAAGUUGGCGGGUCUGGGAGCCAGGGAUAGUUUGAGGUUAGAGGCUGGACUUUGCCUGUACGGUCAUGAUAUUGACGAGAACACUACUCCGGUUGAAGCUGGACUAACUUGGCUAGUAGCGAAGAGAAGAAGAGCUGAAGCGAACUUCCCAGGUGCCCAGAAAAUUCUAUCACAGAUCAAAUCAGGCAGUGACAAGAAGCGAGUAGGGUUGUCGAUAGUGCAUGGACCGCCAGCUAGAGAGGGUGCCAGCAUAUUAACACCGGAAGGUGAACGAGUAGGUAAGAUCACUUCCGGAGGUCCCAGUCCAACCCUCGGACGAUCUGUCGCUAUGGGUUAUGUUCCUACGGAGCUGGCUCAGUACGGCAGAGGAGUAUUGGUCGAAGUUCGUGGAAAAACUUACAAAGCCACUGUUACGAAAAUGCCUUUCGUGAAGACGAACUAUUAUAACGCAAAGUGAUCGAUAACUUCUGUAUUUAGUUGUCGGGUUCGUCACGAAGUUUCAACUUCGGAGUUUUUAAUGAACUACAAUGAUUGCGGUUCGAUAUUUAUACAUGUUUGUGUGACUUCGAAGAAGAAGCAAAAAGUAUUCUAUUUGAGAAGCAUUCUGUUACCAGGUAACAGUCAUUAAUCGCUAUUUUUUAUGAAUCAAAAAUUGUACUGUAUUGAAGUAAAGGAUUUUUACAAUAAA